CUCUCCUCCUCCUCCUCCUCCUCCUCCGCUCCAGCUCCAGCUCUCCGUCCACUGCGGAACAUCGGCCCGCCUCUGCCUCUCGAUUCCCGGCUUCGCCAUGGACAACUCGGGCAAGGAGAAGGAGGCCAUGCAGCUCAUGGCCGAGGCCGACAAGAAGGUCAAGGCGUCCGGAUCCUUCCUCGGGGGGAUGUUCGGGGGAAACCAUAAGGUGGAGGAUGCCUGUGAAAUGUACGCCAGAGCGGCUAACAUGUUUAAGAUGGCAAAGAACUGGAGUGCUGCGGGCAACGCGUUCUGUCAGGCCGCUCGGCUCCACAUGCAGCUGCAGAACAAACUGGACUCGGCCACCAGCUUCGUCGACGCCGGCAACGCCUACAAGAAGGCCGACCCACAAGAGGCCAUCAACUGUCUAAAUCAGGCCAUCGACAUCUACACCGACAUGGGUCGGUUCACCAUCGCAGCCAAACACCACAUCACCAUAGCGGAGGUUUAUGAAGCUGAGCUGGUUGAUAUUGAGAAGGCCAUUGCCCACUACGAGCAGGCCGCAGACUACUACAAGGGAGAAGAGUCUAACAGCUCCGCCAACAAAUGUCUGCUGAAGGUCGGACACUACAGCGCUCAGCUGGAGCAGUACCAGAAGGCCAUCGAGAUCUAUGAGCAGGUUGCCAUGAACACCAUGGACAACCCGCUGCUGAAGUACAACGCCAAAGAGUAUUUCUUCAAGGCCUCACUGUGUCACUUCAUAGUGGACGAACUGAACGCCAAGUUGGCCAUAGAGAAGUAUGAGCAGAUGUUUCCAGCCUUCUCAGACUCCAGAGAGCUCAAACUCUUAAAGAAACUGCUGGACGCCCACGAGGAGCAGAACAGCGAGGCGUUCACCGAGGCCGUGAAGGACUUCGACUCCGUGUCCCGUCUGGACCAAUGGCUGACCACCAUGCUGCUGCGCAUCAAGAAGACCAUCCAGGGGGACGCCGGGGACCUGAAAUAAGACCCGCCUCCAGAGGGAGGGGAGGCAAGGGGGGGGGGGGUGUAAAUUAAAUGCAAAGGAAAGGGAGAAAAGGGUUACGAUGGGUGGAAGAAAGAAGAGAAACAUGGGGGGGGGGGGGGAGUUUACAGUUGUACAUAUCAGUCUGCAUGUGACCCCCCAUCCAGCAUCACCUUUAAACCAUCUGUAGACCGUCACAUGUCCCUGGUCCUUCAGUAUUGUUCCCGUCACACUGGACAGAGAAAUAAAAGGUGUGUGUGUGUGAGAGUGUGUGUGUGUGUGUGUAUGUGUGUGUCUCCACUGCAGUAAAGUAAACUAUUUGAUGGGAAAGUGUGUGCUGCUUAUAUCAGAUUAAAGGAUAUAUUAUAUUUAAAAAAGAACACAAAAAGGGAUAAGAAUCUUAUUUAAGAGAUUAUAAUAUGUUAUUAUGUCGAUUCUGAAAAUAUAAUUUAUGUUUUAUUAUUAUGGCUCUCAGUGUUACGAUUCAUCUUAAUAUUUUAGGUAUUAGAUCUUCCUUCACUCCCCCCCCCCCCUCGCUCCCAUCAUCAGUGAUGUAUCACCCAUUGUGAUUGGUCGGUUCUUUUGUCUCCUGACCAGCGAUUGGUGCAGUUAGCCACCAGUGCUUAUUCCCCCCCGGUCCCGUCCCCCGGUCCCGUCCCCCGGUCCCGUACCCCGGUCCCGUCCUCCCCGUCACGGCCUCGUUUGUGCAUGUCCGUUGUCAUGUUGACGUACUUCUUGUUCUCUGUGUUGUGCUAACGUGUGAAGAACAUACAUGUACUCUGGUAUCAUAAAUAUGUACCUCAGAAACCGAGUUGAAAUAAAAAACAUCAGCGCAGAUA